UGAACAACAGUUGGACAAACAGAGGAGGAAAGUGACAACUUGGAAGGGAAGGGAGGUUGUGUUGUGAAAUUAAUAUUGGCAAGAUGUCGGUCCACGAUCAGUUGGUUCUUUGUUUGUGUGAAUUAACAAGGCUGCUGUGGAAGUUGAUGCUGCCCCUGUUGUUUCUGUCCGUGCUGCUGAUCGCCGUCCUGGUCCUGCUGGUGCUGGCUGUGCGCUUCUGGCUUCAGAGCAGCAGGAACGCUCGGCGGGCGAGGGACGGCCGUCCCACGGUUGCCUUCUUCCACCCCUACUGCAAUGCUGGCGGUGGGGGAGAGAGGGUGCUCUGGUGUGCCAUCAGGGCACUGCAGCGCAGAUACUUGGACAUCAACUUUGUGGUGUACACGGGGGACCUGGGUGUGAUGGGACAGCAGAUCCUGGAUGGGGCGCGUCGUCGUUUCAACAUUGUGCUCCCCCGCCCGGUUCAGUUUGUGUUCCUGAGGCACCGGCUGCUUGUGGAGCCCGGCCUGUUUCCUCACUUCACCCUGCUGGGACAGAGUGUGGGCUCGGUCUUCCUGGGAUGGGAGGCGCUGACGGAGUUUGUCCCAGACCUUUACAUCGACUCCAUGGGCUACACCUUCACUCUGCCCCUGUUCCGCUACUUGGGAGGCUGCAGAGUGGGGAGUUACGUUCACUACCCCACCAUCAGCACUGACAUGCUGUCUGUAGUGAGAGAGAGGAACCCCAGGUUCAACAACCCUGACUACGUCUCCAACAGUCUGUUCCUGAGCGCCUUCAAGGUGGUCUACUACUGCCUGCUUGCCAUGCUCUACGGCAUGGCAGGCUCCUGCAGCGACCUCAUCAUGGUCAACUCCUCCUGGACCCUCAAUCAUAUCCUGUCACUGUGGCGCGCUCCCAACCGCACCAGUGUGGUCUACCCACCCUGCGACGUCAGCGCGUUCUUGGAUGUGCCGCUGGAGGAGGAUGGGGACAAGAAGUGCCACUCGAUCGUUUCUAUUGGGCAGUUCAGGCCGGAGAAGGACCACCGGCUGCAGAUAUCCGCUUUCAAAAAGGUGUUGGACAAGGAGGGAGGGGGCGGGGGCAGGGAGGCGCUGAAGCUGGUUCUGAUCGGUGGAUGCAGGAACCAGGAAGACGAGGAUAGGGUGCUCAUGUUGAGGGGGCUGUGCCAGGAGUUGGGUGUGGCCGACAGGGUGCAGUUUAAACUGAACGUACCCUUCGAGGAGCUGAAGAGAGAGAUGGGAGAAGCCACCAUCGGACUGCAUACCAUGUGGAAUGAACACUUUGGAAUAGGCAUUGUGGAGUGUAUGGCAGCAGGGAAGGUCAUUCUGGCGCACAAGUCCGGCGGUCCCCAGCUGGACAUUGUGGUGCCUUUCGAGGGAGGCCAGACAGGCUUCCUGGCUGAUGACGAGGACAGUUACGCGGAAGCCAUAGAGAGGAUCCUGGCGCUGCCGCCCGCCAGCCGGCUACACAUCAGACGCAACGCACGUCAGUCCGUGGCUCGCUUCUCAGAUCAGGAGUUUGACGCCUGCUUCCUCGCUGCUAUGGAGCCACUGAUGGGGACACUUGAACGAUGAAAGGAGGGCUCGUUGUUUGUGUAUCUGUGCAUGUACAGUUAACGUGAUAGUGGCUAUUUUACACUUUGAGCACCUUUUUACUUUGCACUUCCGGCUGGAUUUUCCACUGAAGGAUUGGUGACAAAAUCUGAUUAAAACCGAUGCAGAGAUCACUCAUGGGCUCACACAGAGGGCUGUUGAAAUUCCCAACACUGCUCUUCUUCUUUUUACUGAAAUAAAUCAAGAAAGUUUCUGAUCAUUCUUAUGAAUGAAUGUAUGAGUACAAUUUAGGCUCUAUAACGGACAUGUUUGUAAGUUGAAAUCAGGUACAGAUAUAAUUUAAUUCUUUAAAAUAUCAGUUAUUUGCCUAACAUGGUUAGAGAGAAUCCAGCUACAGAAAAUGUUGUAGUUCUGUUCAAGUUGUUUUUGUAAAUACUAGAUUAUCCUGUGAAAUGACAGUUCAAGCUCUUAUUGCAUUUUUACCGGACACAUUCCUUUGUCAGUCGUGUCAGUUUAAUUUAAAAGAGAUGUAUUAUAUUUAACAUGGUGAAAAUGGCUGAAGGGGAACAAACUAGUUUUUUUAGACACUGGAACUGGAAUUCUCUACAUGUUCAAAAUGUAAGGUAUUUUUGAUAUUGAUGAAGAAUGUAAUAAAGAUAUGACGGGA